AUGUAUUAUGACGUCACAAAAACUGCGUCUUCUGAAAGGAAUCGUAGACAAGUUGUUAGAGACAUUUUGUGUAGCACAGAAGCAGGUCCUUGCUCUUCUAGUCAAGACACUUUUGGAGCUGAAAGUGCUACCUCUUUGGAAGACAGUGUUAGGGAUGUUGAAUUUUUUGAUGAUGUCUUGCGAGUUCAAACAAUUGCAGUACAAGCAGAAGUACAGGUUCAGAAUGGAUUUUGCCAAACUGAAGAAGAAUAUUGCAGGCAAUGUGUUCAAUACAAAGAAAACACGAGGCAAUUGAAGAGAGAGAUUGAAAGCAAGAAUGCUAUUAUCCAACAACUUACUGAAGAAAAAAAGAAAUUUUGUAAACUGGUUGGAACAGUAUUAAAAUGUGUCAAGGUGGAUAAUCAGAAUGAGGAAGAAAAGCAGGAUGGUAGUGAUGAUGAUAACAUGGAUAUGGAUAUUGACAUUGGUAGUGAGAUGGAAAAUGAAGGUUCUGACAACUAUGACAUUGAAACAGAUUCUUCCCAAAGUGAAGAGCUAGAAUCUGAAGAUGAAACAAACCUGGCAAAAAAGUAUGACUGUGCUGUGAACAAAGAAGAAAGCAACCUCAGGAAGCAACCAAAGUUUAUUGUCACCUUGCCACAGCUGUUGCUCCUGUUUAAAGUAUACCCAUCAUGUGGUACUGAUCAGCCAAUAGUUGAAGUAUCAAAAGUUGCAAUUGCUUUUCCCAAUGGUCAGGACCCAUAUGAGGAAAUACAAGCUGACCAUGUUGGAAACAAUAAGGAAGCAGAAGAAAACAGUGGUCAUUGCAGGUGA